AUUCUUUUUUCCGUGAAGAUACAAUAGAACGUUGCACUGACAUUUCUUAUCAUUAGUUCAAUUGAACUGCAGACACAUUUAGAAUCCCAUAUCUACAAAGAUGUCGCUAGCACUUGGUUUGUCUGUGUUGCUAGUACUAGCAUUAACUAAUGCCCAGCCUGGAGUGAAGAAUCAAGAUGUUCUGAACUUGUAUAGUAAAAGUUUCAAUGGUGACGGCACAUAUUAUGGUGAAGGUAUCGGAGGUACCUGUCAAUAUGGACGACCUUUACCACAUGCUGCAACAGAUCCUAAAAUAUCGGCUCUGGUAGCCCUCAACAAACCCCAGUUUUUAAACUCUUUGACAUGUGGAAUCUGCUUAAAGGUAACUGGAAGUGGACACGGGUCUGGUGCUAACCCCAUCACAGGAGAACAUAUAGUUUUUGUCAAAGACUUGUGUCCGGAGUGUCACGAAGGCUCUGUGGACUUUGCUCUCAAUGGCGAUGGUCGUUGGUCAAUAUCUAUGAGAGCUGUCCAGUGCCCAGUUGGAAGUAGCACGAUUCAAUACGCUUUCCAGGGAAGUAAUCCUUAUUAUUUGAAAUUGCAGAUCAGAAAUGCAAGAAUACCUAUUACUGGAGUCCAAGUACACAGGAAUAACGUCUGGGUGACAAUGCACCAUAGUGGAGACGGCUACUGGCUUUUGAACGAUAGUCAAGCAAUGCCGGCUGGAGCUUUUGGGAUCCGCCUGACAGCAGCCAAUGGUCAUGUCUUAGAAGACACGGUACCGAGAAUAGAUAAUGAUCACAUCUUAGAAGGAGGUCACCGGGUUCAAGUUCCAUUGGAUCCCUCACUGCCUCAAGCGUAAACAACUAUGCACGUACCUAUUCAAUAAGAAGUCAAUGAAAUACAAUUUUAUUUUAUUCAUGAA